UUUAAUGUAGACAAUAUAAUUAGUCGUGGAUCGGUUAUUGAUAUGUUAUAAUUGUAUGUGCAGGUAUAUACACCAUGGAGCCUGGACCGACGAGUGAUGAGGUCCUAUAUGACCAGCCUCGACACCGUUCACAUGUUAUAUCCUUUACAGAGAGAGGCCCGGAUAUUGUUAUGGUUGAUCAUAGCCUCAGCCAUAGCCAUUGGCAUCUAGAGGAUGAGCGCAUAAUAGCAGCUGUAGGACGGGCCGGCUUCUUGACAUGUUCAAAGCUUCGUUGGAUGAGGCUCGAUUGGCCCCUACUCACCGCUUUGAUAGAUAGGUGGAGGCCGGAGACCAACACUUUCCACUUCCGAAUGGGAGAGUCUACUAUUACGCUACAGGAUGUAGCUAUGAUACUUGGUCUCCGCAUAGAUGGUCCGUGCGUUACCGGCAGUGAUAGACAUUUUUGGCCGGACAAGUGUGAGGAGUUGUUAGGUGUAGCUCCAGAUGGCUAA